UGCCACUUGUCAGUGCCCAUCAGUGCCACGUGCCAGUGCCCAUCAAUGCCACAUAUCAGUGCAUAUCAGUGCCCAUCUGAGCUGCCUUAUAAUGUCACCCAUCAGUGCCAGUCAGUGCCACCUAUCAAUGCCAAUCAGUGCCACCUAUCAGUGCUGCCAAUCAGUGCCAGUCAGUGUCGCCUAUCAGUGUGCAUCAGUGCCGCCUAUCAGUGCCAGUCAGUGCCGCCUAUCAGUGCCAUAUAUCAGUGUCAUGUAUCAGUGCUGCCUUUCAGUGCCCAUCAGUGAUGCCU